CUCUCUCUCUCUCUCUCUCUCUCAUCAGCUCGUUUUUUCUCUCUCCUCGCAGCUACCAUUUCCUAUCGUCGAUUGAAAAACCCUAGAAUUCGAAUACUCUAAGGAUCCAAGCUCCAUUGGUGUCAGCUUCAACAUUUGCGAGUUUGAGGCAGCCAUUCUUAACUUAUAAGAGAAUAGUGACCAGUAACCACGUAGCAACAUUUAACAAUCAAAGACUUCGGAGUUAAAUCAUCUAUGCCUGGCAACGAUGUUGGAGAUAGGGUUCACAAUUUCUUUGCACAAGACAGCUUGUCACAAGAGCAGCAUCGUUCCCCAGUAGUGGAGGGAAAUUGGCCAGCUCAUAGUAACAAUCUGUGGGUUGGAAGUCAGAGACAGAUAGGUGUACUGACUCCCAACACAAAGAAUUACAAUUUACAGAACUCUGAUAGUGGGAAAGGGCCGAGCAGCUACCCUUUUACCAGCCAGCAUGGCUUGAAUUUUAUGCAAUCCACUCCAAGGCCUGAGUUUGCAAAGAGCCAGUCACAAAAUCAGCAGGCAAAUUUGAAUGGUUACAUGUAUAGUGAUCAGUUUCACCAGACAAGGCAGGAUGAAGCAAAAUUUCUCUCUAUCGAUACAGGUUAUGAUCAACGUAGUCUAGCCUCAGGAGGCCUAUCUCCUUAUGCAUCACAGCAAGGAGUAGGUCCAGAGCAGCAGGCAAGAGUACCAGUUAGGUCAGAACCUUCUGAGAGUCCUGCUAGUUUUGAUCUUUUUGGUGGUCAGCAAAUGAAUCGUCAGCAAUCAAACAUGCUGCAGUCUCUGCAGCGGCAGCAGUCUGGGCAUAGUGACAUGCAGCAAAUGCAACUCAUGUUGAAGAUGCAAGAACUUCAGAGGCAGCACCAACUUCAGCAAUUAGAUGCCAGGAAGCAAAAUACACUAAAUCAGGCAUCUGGUAGCCAUCCCCCUGCAUUGGUUCAUGACACUACAAAUUCUGGUGCAUUAAAUUAUCCUUGGGCAAGUGAUCUUGGAAACACAAAUUGGUUGCAACGUGGUUCUCCAAUCAUUCAGGGAUGUUCCAAUGGACUCAAUCCAACCAACAUUGGACAAGCACAACAGUUAAUGGGUUUGAUUCCUCCAUCAGCGGACCAAUCUCUAUAUGGAGUUCCUGUUUCUGGUUCAAGAGGAAGUGUGAACCCAUUUUCACAAGUAAUUGAUAAGCCCACAACGCGUCCAAUGCCGACCUUUGAUAGUUCAUUUCCGGGUAAUCAAUAUGCUGCAUUGCCGGAUCAAGUCAGUGGGCAGGAUGGGACUUUCAUUCCUAGACAGAGAUCCCAAGGCGGCCAUUUUCUCGGACAUGCUUCAAGUCAAGCCCUGACUAACCCGAUAAAUAUGGAGAACCCUCAACAAGCAAAUAUUAUGCAGAACAGUUCAGCUUUCCAGGACUUUUGUGGCAGACAGGGUCUGGCUGUUCCUCCAGAAAACUCACAGGAACUAGCAGGGGCACAUGCUUCUUCCUUGCAGAAUGAAGUCGCCUUAGAUCCUACAGAAGAAAGAAUAUUGUUUGGUUCAGAGGAUAAUAUGUGGGCAGCCUUUGGCAAGAGCCCUGAUAUGAAUGGGGAAGGUGGUAAUUCAUUUGAUGGUGCAGGUUUAUUGAAUGGUACUUGGAGUGCACUUAUGCAUUCUGCUGUUGCAGAAACUUCUAGCAGUGACCUUGGGGUACAGGAGGAGUGGAGUGGUUUAAAUUUUCACAGUACGGAAAUUCCUUCAGAAACUCAGAAUUUGAUGUAUAACAGUGGGAGACAUAAAACAUCUGCUGCUGAGGAAAAGUUGCCCCCAAACUCAUCCUUGAAUUCUGUUUCUGUUCAGCCCUCUGAUAGCACCAAUGUGAACAAUAACUAUUCCGAUGUCCAAGGCCACAGGCUCCCAUAUGAGCCAGGCCAGAGUUUGCAUGCCAACUCUUCUCAAAGACUUGUCCAGUCAUCGGAGGAAGGAAGCAAGUUGUCAAAUUUCGGUCCACGGCAGAAGUCAGUUGUUGAAGUAAGCCAGAUGAUGUUUGGGAGUGCUUCACAUCCUAUUGACAGCGAAAUAAAUGCGAGAAAGAUUUCUGGUUCUUUGACACCUGAGAUUGGUGGAGCUAGACAACUAUGCUACAAAUCUGCUGGUUGGAGUGACGUAGGAUCAGCAGUGCCCUCUGGAGAUGCAGCUUUAAGAGUUUCAAGUGAGAAUUCGUCAAGUCGUUCCCAGGAUGACAAUCGGAAGAAAUUCAUCCAAGCUGAAGUUGUUCAAGGUGGUGUGACAUGGAACUCUAACUCUGGCCAUAAUUCUGCAGUUGAUAUGGAGCAUGCAGGAUCAUCUAUCGCAAAUCACCAAGUGAAUUCGGAGGUCUUUAACUUGCAUAAUUCUGGCUCUGCACCCAAGUCAAGUACCAUGAGGGGUGGCGAAGAAACCAGUCAACUGCAAAAUAAUUAUCAUUCUGAUUAUUGGAAGAACAAUGAUUCCUUUGUCAAGUCUACAGUAAGCAAAGCCUUGGGAGCUUUACAGCGUCAUGUUACCAAAGACAAUCAGGUCUUGCACUCUUCGAGGGGUAUUAGUGACAUAGAAGUCAAAAUGCAUGGGCUGCAGAACAGCGAUAAGAAGAACUCGAAUGACAGCUACCGCUCUAACUUAUUCCCUCCUUCUGCUGCGAUGAGGGAAAAUUUCUUGUCAGAUGCGAGUGAUUCAAGGUGUCUUCCUACUAAGCAGAAGUCGUCUGAUCAGGUUGGACAGAAAAAUUCUUGGGUUCGCAAGUUUCAGUAUCAUCCCAUGGGAAACAUGGAUGAGGAUUUGGAUCCUGCUUAUGACAGGAAACAGCCUAGUCAUUCUCAGUCUAUGCUGCAGCACAAUGCCAAUCAUGGCCAGUUGGAAGUAUUUGGUCAGGUUCCCAAGAGUCAGACAGAAGUGGAAGAGGGGCAGCCGUCUAAUGGUCUGAGAGAUGGCAAAGGUUUUAGUGAGGUGCAUUCGCGAAGCAGCUUCCAGAGUGGUGGAUCUAGUAUGCUUGGCCGCUUCAAUAGAUCAGAUUUAUAUUCACCAAAUACAGCUGCACAAACUAGUCCAAACAUGCUCCAGCUUCUUCCGAAGGUAGACCAAUCAAGCGUGCGUGGUUCUAUGACUCAGUGCAGUAAUUCUGAACAGCAAGUAUCAUCUGAGAUGCCUGAAGCAGAAAAUUCUGAUGGGUCUGUUGGUCAUCUCCAGCAAAGUCAGUCUUCUGCCUCUCAAGGCUUUAGUCUACAACUUGGCCCUCCAUCUCAGCGGGUAUCAGUUCAAAACCAUUCUUUGUCAUCUCAGAGUACCCAAGCAGCUAGCUCUUCACACUCUCGAGCUGCGGAGGAGAUCGGAGAGAAAAGUCGGGGACGGAUGUGCCCUCCUCAUCAGGGUCAAUCCUUGCCUCCUGCUGAACACUCUCUGGAAGAGUUGAAGAAUAACAGAUCUGGGGUUCCAGGAAGUACAUAUAAUGAAACUUCUUCGUACACGAUGCCUGGAAAUUUUUCUGCAGCAUUUGAUUCUAGUUCUGGUUUUCCCUACCUGAGAAGCCCACAUCAAAAUCCACCUAUGGUUAGAGCUACUGGGCAACUCUCAACAAAUCAGUCUAUAAGUGUAUCUUUCAAUAAACAUGGUCCCCUUUCUGCUGAGAAAGGUGACUCUAUCAGAGGACCUGAAAGUGGUCAAUCUGUACAGCCUUCUGUGCCCGAAGGGGCUGGUGAUGUUAAACAGGAUAAACCUACUAUCACUGCAGGUACAUCUCAGUUAAGUAACGCCAAUGAUCCCCAUGAAAGGCUCUUUGCAAAUCAAGCUUCAUCUAAGGAGCCUGGGUCAGUUUCUCAGCCUUACUCAAUGUCUGGCAUCGCUCAACAGGGUGCAUCUUCAAAAAUAUUCGCUAAUAUGUGGACAAAUUUUCCACCACGGCAGCCCCUUUUUGGUGCUCAAUCCAACAAGGAGUCUUCUCAAAUUCACCAGUCGCAUCAAUUGAGUAUUAUGGAGUCAUCAUUGUCUGCUGCUGAGAGGCAAGGCGAUCAAGAUGCAAAUAAGGAAUGGAAGUUCACAUCUGAGCUUGACACAAGCACAGUGAAUAUUUUGGGCUCUGUUGAGGGGGAAGAACAGCGAGUGAAGGAAAGCCCUUCUCGACAAGUACCAUUUCAAAACAUUGAACCAGUUCAGAUGAAUGAUUCACAGGAUAGAGAACCUGUUGUCAAGAAUCUCUCAGAAGGAUCCCCUGCAAAUUCUGCAUCGAUGCAGAGAGAUAUUGAAGCUUUUGGUCGAUCUCUGAAACCAAAUAACUUCCCUCAUCAAAAUUAUUCCUUACUAAACCAAAUGCAGGCCAUGAAAAAUGUGGAGACUGAUCCAAGUGAUAGGGCCUUGAAAAGAAUGAGGCUAUCAGACAGCAAUACAGGUCUUCAGCAAAUUCCUUCCACUGAAUCUAGAAUUUUAAGCUUCUCUGAGCAGGAAUUUCAAAGAAGCUUAUCAUCACAACAAGGAGGAAAGAUGCCUCCUCAGGAUAUACUUGCAUAUCGUCAGGAUGAUGCUCAGAGCAGAUCUCACAACAAUAGUACAAAUCCAUUUAAGCCUGAGCAUACUCAGAUUAGUCCUCAGAUGGCACCGUCCUGGUUUAAUCAGUAUGGAACCUUCAAAAAUGCGCAGAUGUUACAGAUGUAUGAAGCACACAGAGCUGCCUCCAUGAAGGCAACUGAUCAACCUUUCACACUUGGAAAG